UGCUGUAUGAUCAGCUUGCCCUGAUGAAGGAUGGAGAGCCGGAGGACGCACCGGCUGCCGGGCUGAGCACACUGGUGCUCUACCUUCGUCGCCACCUCCACUGUGCCGGCUCCGGGACGCAGACUGUAAUGGGGACGGUCUACUCCUCGGUAGCUGGCAUGCUGGGUGUCAACCUCCACAACGUGCAGUUCCCGCAUAGCUCGAUGAUCUGCUGGCACCAAACGGACAGUGAAGAGUACCUGUUCAUCGACGUUGUCCGUCGCGGCAUGCAGCUAUCCAGAGAGCAGGUGUUGGAGGAGUUGAAUGCUGUACAUCCGGACAUGGACCUUCAGAUGCUGGAACCCUUUCCCAGAGCAGGGCUGCUGGGCCGCCUGAUCAAUGGCGCCACCCAUCCGGAUGGCCGCCGGCCAGGAACUGGCUUCGACCUGGCCUCGUUUGAGACACUGGCCUGCUGGGCUCGCAGCGACUGCCGCCUGGACAUGGCUGCGCUCGACGACCUGAUGUCCGCCCUGGCUCGUACCAGACCCAUGUACACACGCCGCCUGCUGCAGCAAUUCGUCCAGGCUAACGGCAUGUUACUGGCGGAGAACGAGAGGCGUGGCUUGGAAGUACUCAUGAAGCACUUCAAGAGGAUGUACAAACGGCUGGCGCGCUCCCUGGAUGAACAAGAGGCCAAAGUCCAGGAACUGGUGAGCCUCCGCGCGGCGGACCGAGUAGCGGGCGACUAUCCGAGGCAGUUCGGCGUCGGUGACGUCGUCACGUACGGCGACGAGCGCCUGGCAGUGGUGUACGGGUGCUCACCAUACUACGAGGCCUCACAGGACUGGAUAGCACACAGUCGCGUCUGCUCCGGACUUCAGCGGGGAGAAAAGCAACCUUUCUACAACUUGCUGAUGGAGGGUGACCGUUUCGGAUACAUGGCUGAAGAGGAGCUGCAACUGGCCCCAGAUCCUCAGCCUAUCGAUCAUCAGGAGGUGGGACGCUUCUUCACCCGAUUCGACGGGGAGCGGUACGAGCCGAUCGCUCCGCUGGCCAUUCUCUUCCCGGAGCCUUGGAGUGAGCAUGAGACAAAAACGAGCUUCGUCAAGUCUCGGAUAGAUGGCAGCGACAGCGACUGGGAAGACGACGUCGAGGAUGCAGAGGAAGAAUGGAGACCGGCACCUCCUACAGUGUGGAUGGGCGUUUGGCCAGAGAUCCUUCCCGAGGACUCAGAUGAUGAGGAGGACACUGAUGGUGUUGCCGUGGCCGGUGACGGUGGCCCGGUGGGCCACUGAUGGGUGCGUUGUGGCUGUGCGUAAAGUCACAGGGGUGUUCUGAAUAGCUCAGUUGCCUCAGUUACUCUGUAUGGCUGUACAUAUGUGUAUAUUCUUGUGCAGGUGUUUUGUUUGCAUCUAAUCAGUGGCAUUUCUCCGUGAUUUCUCACGCUGUAUUGACGCCGUCUAUCCUGGGCAGUCGGUACUCGCAGACAUAGCUUCAUGGUGCUUUUUCUCAGGUCCCUUCAUUUGCAGGUGAUAAUUUUCUGUGUCAUCGGUUGUUUACGUGAUGCCAGCUUGAGAAAUAUGUGCAUGUGCCACCUGUAUGUUUGUUUGUAUCAUAUGAGUGACAUGUGACGAGUGAUUUCGUACCUGGCAUGCAGUUGUGGCUGUGCGAAAGCUCCGUGUUAUUUAGCAACUUGUUAAUGCAUUAAAAUGUGUCCAUUGCUAUGUUCAUUGCUAUGCUCAGGCAUUGAAAUGUGUUCAUUGCUGGGUCAUCAUGGGCUAUUGCUUACAUACCUGUGAUGUUUUCAAGUUUUGUGCCUUCACUCACGCCGAUAAUUAUCUCGUGUUUGUCUACAUGUAUCGGCGGUAGGUAGGCACUCAAUGGUUGCGGAUGUAGCGUCAUGAUCCUGUUUCUCAGGCCCCUACAUUUGUAUGUACAGUUUUGUGCCUUCAUUCACGCCGAUAAUUAUCUCCUGUUUAUCUACAUGUAUCGGCGGUAGGUAGGCACUCAAUGGUUGCGGAUGUAGCGUCAUGAUCCCGUUUCUCAGGCCCCUACAUUUGUAUGUGAUAAUUUUCUGUGCCAUCGGUUUUGUAUGUGAUGCCAGCUUUAGAAGUGUGCGCAUGUGUCAUGUGUGCAUUUAUCUGUGUGAUAUGAGUGAUAUGUUACAAGUGAUUUGAUCCUUGGCUGUGGGAAAGCUCAUCAGUGAUGUGUAGUCAAUUGCUCAGGCGUUGAAAUGUGUUCAUUGCUGUGCCUUAGGUCAUCAUGGACUAUUGCAUAGCUGUGAUAUGUUCGCAAGUCUUGUGCCUUCAUUUUCGCGAGAAUUGU